AUGAGUUCAGUGUCUAAAGACAGGACGCAGCCCUUGGACUACGGUGUUCAGAUCCGCUUCAUCAAAGACCUGGAUGACACAGGAGGAGGUUACACUGAGAGGAGCAGAGGGACAGGAGGAGGUGGGGGUGCGGGGAGCGGCGGGAGCACUCCCUCCUCUAAGUACGGGGUGGCUGUGAGGGUCCAGGGCAUUUCGGGCCAGCCGUACGUGGUUCUGAAGGACGGGGAGAAGGGCGACUCGUACGGAGUCCAGCUGAAGACCCAACCCCAGGCGCACGCAGCUGUCCAAAGUCACUCUACUCCCUACAACAGCUUACCGAGGGCACAGCGAGAAGGAGCGCGCACUCCGCAGGAUCCCUACGACCCUGUCCGGCAGCCGGGCUCCCCGGAAGGGGAGGAGGCCCAUGAGAUGAGGAGUGCCCUGAGGAGACCGCCUGGAGACGGGCAGGCGGGAGGCCAAGGGGAGGGGGAGGACAGGACGGCGGAACCCCGUGUCUCAGCUCCUGCCGCUGGAGCGCAGAACACGAACCAGAGUGAGCAGCUGAAUGAGGCGGGGCUUAGGAAGGUGGGACAGAGAGAACCAGGGGCGGGGCUUAGGAAGGCGGGACAGACAGAGCCAGGGGCGGGGCUUAAGGGAAAGGAACCCAGCCUGGGUCUGAAGAAUGGUGAGGGGCUAAACGGAUCACAGAGGCUCCUCAGUAUGAAAAAGAACAACCUCCAGUCCUCCUCCGUGGACAGCUUCCCCGAACCUCCUCCGCCCGCGAGUCUCGACGAAGAACCUGCCCCCGCCAUCGACACCAAUUCCCUGGCUCCCAUUAACAAACUCAUCAGCAAGUUUAACAGUGGCCGCCCCAGCGACGCCCCUGACACGACGGGCCAGACGGCGAGGGGUCGUUCCGCCGCCCGCACGCGUCUCAGGUUUGACGAGAGAAGGCGUUCUCGCAGUCUGGAUGCCCGAAAGGAAGACGCCAGCGCCCCCCCUCCCUCUCUGUCCCUAACUCCUAACCCAUAUGCUCCACUCACUACCCCAUCCUCCACCUCCAACCUCAAUUCACACAAACCCUCCACCUAUAACAGUCUGGGAAGGACCCCCACCCCUACAAAACCCACAUUCACCCCCAAACCAUCCACCUUCAACCAAACACCAAAGAAGUUUGUUGCCAGGGAACCGCCCCCUACUCUACCAAAGAAACCAUCAACCACCAGCCUUCAGACGAGACCGGACCAGAACUCGGACCUUGUGAAUGGAGAGGAGGUGUCGGCCAAGCAGACAGCCCACGGCGCUCUUAAAGAGAGAUUACCUGAGAGAGAGGUGGCUGUGAAGAGCAAUGCCAAUGAAGUGAAGGGCCUUCAGAAGGUGGGAGCAGACAGCUCUGUGAAGUCAGAGCUGGAGGAGAAAGUGGCUGAGAACAGGCUAUUACAGCAGGAGCUUGUCCAAAGGAACACAGAGCUACAGGAGACCAAGGAACAAUUGGCCCAGGUACAGAAGGAGAGGGACGGGGCCAAGUCUUCUUUACUGAAACAUGAGGAUCAGCUGGCCCAGUUACAGGAGGAGCUCAGGAGAAUUUCAGAGAACACACCCCAGUCAGACAACCUACAAACGGAGCUCAUGUCACUGAAGGCCCAGCUGGCUGAGGCUGUAAUGGCCCGUCAGCAGCAGGAGGACACACUGAGACAGAGAGAGAGAGAACUGACUGCCCUGAAGGGGGCGCUCAAGAACGAGGUGGCCUCCCAUGACCGAGAGAUGGAGGCACUGAGAGAACAGUACAGCCACGACAUGGAGUCUCUCAGAAAGAGCAUGGAGCAUGUCUCACAGUCCCAGCAGGAGAUCGAGGCGGAGCGGCAGAAGGUCAACGCCUCCAUCCUGUCUCUGGAGCAAGAGCUGGAGGACAGCAGGGAGCAGGGUGACCAGUGGAGGGCGCAGCUGCACUCCACCACUGACGAGCUUCAGAGCACCAAGAAAGAACUCCUGAAGACACAGCUGGAGAAGAAGGAAAUUGAGGAAAGGCUGCAGGCCAAGGAGAGAGAGACUGAUGGCAAACACACUCAGGGUUCCCUCAAAGAGCUCGAACAGGCACGUGCAGAACUAGCAAAGCUUAAGGCGGAGCUUGAGGACAAGGAGGCGGAGCUUAAGUCUCUGAAAAAGGCUGGUGAGCAGCGAGAGGAGGAGCUGAAGUCUGAGAUUGACAGAUUGGUGGAUCAAUCAAAGAAGGAUAAAGAGGAAAUCACCAAAGCCAAAGAGCAGUUGCAGAAACUGGCCAACCCAGUGCAGCCUCCAGAUGUUUCCAGCAGCAAAGAGACCAACGUAGAACUGCAGGAGGCCAACACCCGCCUGAGAGAAAGACUGGCCCGCAUGACCAAGUUUCACUCCAGUCUGCCUCACAGCGAGGCCUCAGACGUGCUGGAGGAGGAGAACCGCGGUCUGAGGGCGCAGCUGGAGGAGGCGCGACGUGGAGCAUCACGGCUCAGUCAGGAGAGAGACGAACUGAACCGUCGUCUGGAGGAGAGGGACCGAGAACGAGACACACUGCGCCGCUCCAAAACCGACCUGGAGGAGCAGAAGAGACAGCUGGAUCGCGCCCUGGAGAAGAUUAACAAAGAGAUGGAGUCGAUGAUGGGCGAGUCGCGGCAAUCAGUCCACACUCUGCAGACCCAGCUGGAUGAGUUUCGGGAUCGUGCCAGGAAGGAGCUGCAGGAGGCGCAGAGACUCAGUAAAGACAGACUGCUGGAGUUGCAGAAGGCCCAGACCAGCCUGAAAGCCGCCCAGGAGGAGGUGGCCCGGCUAAAGAAGGAGUUGCUGGCGUGUUGUGAGGAGAGAGACAGUGCUCAGUUGGACAGAGACUUGCUGAGCAGUCGUCUUAAACACCUGGAGAGUGACCUGGAUACACAACGCAGCUCGCACACGGACCGCAGCCGAGAAAUUCGCCUGCUGGAGGAUAAGGUGAAGACCUUGGAAAUUGAACUGGAUGAGGAGAGGAAUGGAGCAGAACUUCUGAAUGACCGCGUCACACGCAACCGAGAACAGGUGGACCAGCUGCGCUCAGAGCUCAUGCAGGAGAGAUCCGCCAGACACGACCUGGAGAUGGACAAGAGCAGUCUGGAGAGACAGGUGAAGGAGCUGAAGUCCCGCGUGGCCGACAUGGAGGGACAGUCGCGUCCGUCUGCUGGGAUGACGCUCCUGGAGAACAAGGUGCAGGAGCUGGAGGAGCGUCUCCGCAGCGAGGAGAGGGAGAAGAGCAGUAUUGUGGCAGUGCAGCGGAGGAUGGAGAGGAAACUGAAGGACGUGAAUGCCACACUGGAUCAAGAGAGAAGUCAACAUGCUGAACAAAGAGACCAGCUGUCUCUGCGUGUGAAGGCUCUGAAGCGACAGCUGGAUGAGAGUGAAGGGGAGGUGGAGCGGUUGGAGGGUGUUCGUCGGAAAGUCCUCAGGCAGCUCGAGGAGCAGCAGGAGCUCCAGGAGUCCCUCCAGGCCAAAGUCACAGCUUUGGAGAACGAACUCAAGAGGAAGGUGCAGCAGACUAGACGGCCAACCCUGGGCUCCACCCUCAGUUCAGAUGAUGAUGACGGGCUCUACGACUCCAGCAACAUCACCUCCAUCCUGAACGAGUCUCAUCUACAGACCACCAACUGCUAGAGAGAGAGAGAGAGAGACAGAGACAGAGACAGAGAGAGAGAGAGAGAGAGAGAGAUGGAUAAACAGAGGAUGGAAAAAGCAGAAUUGUGCAAUAGUCAGAGAUAAAUGUCAUUUUAGUGGGGAAUGAAGUGAUGUGGGCAUAUGAUCAUUGGAGGUUUUGGGCAGGAACUCAGGAUUCUGUAAACAUUGCAGUGUCUGACACUGUCAGUUGAGCUCACUCAGCUGGUCUGAGGAAAGCAGUCGCUUUUUGCUCAGUUUAGCAGAAUGAUUUUAAUGUGCAGAAGAUCAGAGCAUAAGAUUUGAAUGAUAUCCAACAGAUGUCUCUGUUAAACUCGCACACACAUAAACGGUGUACUGAAGUCAACAAAACUAACAAACUGAAAAUGAUUCUGCCUCGGAGGUUGU